AAACAAGCCAUAAACGGUCAGAGCUGACGAAUUCAUGAGCCGCAGCUCUCCGCAUGAGCGAGAUGAAUACAUGUGAACAGACGGCUGUGCCUCUGGCCGCUGGGCUUUCCCCGCGCUGGUAGAGGCGCGCGUAACGAUCCAGAAGAUGACGACGACUAGACAGACGUCUUCUGGCGCGCAGGUGUGAGAGAACAUUGAUAUGUCAUCACUGACAUGUUGCGCUUAGCUUGAUGUCUAUAGGUUUCGGAACCACUGACUGGACAUGAUGUUCAGUCGACUAAUGAGCGGCAGUGUUCGGAGUCUGGACAGAGAAUUCAACUGCACUGUCCGGCUUCUAGACGACACGGAAUACACCUGCACGGUACAGAGUGAUGCAAAGGGCCAGUGGCUUUUUGAGCAGAUAUGCCAUCAUCUGAGCCUGCUGGAGAAAGACUACUUUGGCAUCAGAUAUGUGGAUCCAGACAAACAGAGGCAUUGGCUGGAGUUUACUAAGCCAAUCACCAAACAGAUACGAUCUCAGCCGCCAUUCACUAUGUGUUUGAGGGUGAAGUUUUACCCCCCUGACCCUGCUGCUCUAAAAGAGGAGAUCACCAGAUAUCUGGUCUUUUUGCAGAUUAAAAGAGAUUUGUAUCAUGGCCGACUUUUGUGCAGGAGCUCGGAUGCUGCUAUGCUAGCUGCAUAUAUUCUACAAGCUGAGAUUGGGGACUAUGACCCAGGGAAGCAUCCAGAAGGCUACAGCUCCAAGUUCCAGUUUUUCCCCAAGCACUCAGAGCGCCUAGAGCGCUGCAUUUCUGAGAUCCACAAAACUGAUCUCAUGGGCCAGACCCCUGAGACUUCAGAGUUGAAUUUUUUAAGGAAGGCCAAGACUUUGGAGACAUAUGGGGUCGAUCCACAUCCUUGUAAGGAUGUGUCAGGAAAUGCUGCAUUCUUAGCCUUCACUCCAUUUGGCUUUGUGGUGUUGCAGGGUAAUCGAAGAGUCCAUUUUCUCAAAUGGAAUGAGGUCACUAAAAUGAAGUUUGAGGGAAAGACCUUCUGUAUUUAUGCAAAUCAACAGGAAGAUCAGAAGAUUAUUCUGACUUACUUUGCCCCAACACCUGAAGCCUGUAAGCACCUAUGGAAGUGUGGAGUAGAGAACCAAGCCUUCUACCAGUUUGAAAAAUCAAGUCAAGUGCGGACAGUGUCUAGCAGCAAUGUGUUCUUCAAAGGGAGUCGCUUCAGAUACAGUGGCAAGGUGGCUAAGGAGGUGAUGGAGCAAAGUGCUAAAAUCAGACGAGAGCCACCCGACAUCCACCGGGCUGGAAUGGUCCCAAGUAGGAGUUGUCCUUCCAUCACGCAUGGCCCGCGACAGUGUAGCGUGCCCCAAACACGCAGAAGAGCAGUCCAUAUAUCCAUUAUGGAAGGUUUAGAGUCUUUACGUGACAGUGGCCACUCUACGCCUGUCCGAUCCACCUCUCAUGGUGGCUCUUUCAUGAGUACACAUGCCAGUGGAGCAGAGGGCAGAAAUACAACAGCAGAAUUCUCUGAGGAAUCCUAUAGUCCCUCUGACAGUGUGCUGCCCACACCAGUAUUCAGCAACUGCUCACUGGACCAGUCCUCGGGCGAUAAUACUAAUGGCUCUCCCGGCAUUCAAGAGACAUGCUCUCCAGACAAGGCAGGGGAGGCAUUCAAUCCAGACAAAGGGAGGUUCGCUGGCACAAGAGGAGGAGCCACUCAUCUAGGAAAGCAAUCUACCAGUAGCAUUGAGGUGGAGCGGCUCAGUGAAGUCAUUGCCAGUUUGGCACGACUCUUCUUGGUGACUCUCACUCUGCUCUUUGCCCUUCUCCUGGUUCUAAUUGCUCUGACAGAGUCUGAAUUAGAUGUAGCCUUCCUGAGGGACAUCCGGCGGACACCUGAGUUUCAGCAGUUUCACUAUGAGUAUUUUUGCCCUUUGAGACGAUGGCUGGCCUGUAAGCUGCGCUGGAUGGGAGGGCACCUCAUAGAUAAGUGAGGCAUAUAUUAAAAAGGGCCUCUCUGUUCUUUAGAUCAUAAACAUCCAGGGGACACUACAGGUUGGAGCAUUAUCGCUGUGUCAUGCUCUUAGAACUUCCAAUUCUGUACUAGGCAAAAGCCACAGACAAAGCCGCAGUACCUUGCCAAGAAUGCUGUUUUUUAUUAGUUUUAGGUUGUUGAUGAAAGUAAUGCAAAAUCAUUUUCAUCAAUGUGUUUCCUUAUUCUGCCGUCAAAUACCCUGUCCUUUUUUUAUUACAGUAAAAACAUGAAAUUAUUCGUCAAAGUGCUCUCAUGAAACACUCUGCUGUUCGCUUCUCCAUUUCCCCAUUCCCCAUUCUGCUGUUUCUUGCUCUGCCUUUUUCUUUUUCUCAUCAGUGCUUGACCCUUUUCACAUGCAGUUCCCUUUUGUUUUGUAGGCAAAAUAUGCCUUUUGUAUGGUUUAAUAGUUGUACAACAGACGGGAGUCUAAGAUGAAUUAGAGGGUUUUUUGAAUGUACAGUACCAUAUGGGACUGUGACUUACUUAGCUGCUUCAAACAUGAAUAUUGGAGAAAGGAAAUAUUUUAGGGUGCAUAUCAAAUUUGCCAGUUGGAGAAAAGCCCUGAUAAAUGAUUACAGUGUGUGAUGGAAGCUCCAGUUUCAAAGGAGUUGUUCAUACUAAAAUCAGACAUGGACUUCCACAGUUUGACAUGUUGAACCUUUUUAGAGAAUCAAAAUAAAAUACACAGAGUAAUGCAAAAUCACAACUUUAUCAAAGUGAUUUUUGUGGUGAUUUACACAUCCAGAGUAAUAGAGUUCAGACUCUUGAUGUGAUAGUGUCACAUUAAGUGUUUUAGUUUUCAAGCGUGGAUGGUCAUAAUAUUUAAUAAUAAUAAUUGCUGAAACAAUUUUUCUUGAUAAGCAAUUACGUGUUCAUCCAGUAGCAAUGUUGUUUUUUUUUCUCAAUUAAAGCCUAAUGUAGAUUUGAUUAGCUCUUAUAGAUAUUGGUUAUAAUGCCCAGUGACUGUGUGCAUUUAAACCACUGCAUGCCGAGGCAUAAUGAAACAAAACUCCAUCCCUGCAACAUAAACAAGCCUCCAGCUUGCUUUUAGUUGAACAAUACAGCAAAUAUAUUCUUAUUUUAUUAUUUUCUGUUUGUAAUUAAAUUUAAAUGAUAAUUUUGCAUCUGGAAAAAUUCCAGAUACACAGUCACACACAAGCACACACACACACACACAACACUGUGUCCAUGUCUUCCUCUUGAAAUAAUGUGAAGCAUAUUGUAACACUAGUUUACUAUAUGGAUUGCACAUAUAUAUAAAUGCCCUAUAUUGGAAAAUGUUUAUUAUUUAUAGCAUAUUUGCAUUUAAUAGUAUACUGCUGCUGUUUAAAAUAGCUUAAAAUAUAUUCUCCAUAUUUUUUCAGUGUUAAACUAUUUUAUUAAAGUGCAUUUUAACUAUAUACAUCCAGUAUAUUUCAGUGUACAGAAUCCUGAAUGCAUACAGAUGUGCAAUUAGUACUGUGUAAGUGUGGGUUUCCUCAGUUCUGAUCCUAUACAUUUAUUUUCAGAAAAAAAUCCAUCAUCAAGCAAAUGAUAAUUAAUACACACAACACAAUUUUUGACACCCUGCAUUUAAUACUUUCUACAGUCUUCCUUUGCGAAUAAAACAGUACUUAGUCCACUCCUGUAACAUCUUAGAAGAUUAGAGAAUAUAGAGCAGGGAAUUUGAGACCAUUCCUCUUUACAGAAUCUCUGCAGAUCAUCCAGGGUCCUCUAUUGCGUACUCUCAUCUUUCGCUCACCCCACAGACUUUUGAAGGGGUUUAGAUCAGGGAAUUGAGAUGGCUAUGGCAGAAGCUUUAUUUUGUGAAGGAGCCUGUUGCUGUGUUGAAGCAGGUAAAUCACGGAUCUGUACUGGCCAGCGGACCUCCAGGACUGGAAGUCAAAUCUGAGUUUCAUCCGUUUUGGUUGACUUUGUUAAAAAUAGAGUUAAAACUUUUUUUUCCAAGAAUUUAUAUGCAUUAUGGUAUUGUUGUGAACAUUAACACACUAAAUUUUACACAAGCUAAAUUGAAAAAAAAAAAAAAAAAAAAAAGA